CCUUGCUAUUGCGAAGGAUCGUGUUCUGUUCCUUGGGCUGCAAAGAGCAGGAAUGCCUGGUGGGGGGGGGGCCGACGAACAUGGGCCCUGGCUGAUCGCGUCCGUUCGUCUGCCGCCGUCGGGCUGCCGUCCCCACACCUCCCUCCGGCCCUCUGGUUUCCCUAUAAAGCCGGGUCGUCGCCCACCCGCCCUUCUUGGUUCUUCGUCCCGCACACCCCCGCCGCUCUCUCCCCUCUCCUCCACCCGACUCUGUCCAAGAUGAAGGCUCUCUCCCUUGCCCUCGGCUUCCUGGCCGCCGUCAUCCCUGCCGCUAUGGCCCAGGAGAAGGUUGUUGGUGGCUACUUCCUGAUCGAUCCCACUAUGGGCCCGGCCAAGCUCCAGGCUCUUGCUGCCAACGCCGCUACUCUCCCCGUCAACCGUGUCAUCCUCUCGUUCCUCCGCCCCGACAUGGUCUACGUCCAGGGUAGCAACACCCUCCAGUACACCGGUCUCGGCUACUACGCCAGUGCCGGUGCCAACAACGACUGGGGUUUCGCCGAGAUCAAGCAGUAUGUUGCCCAGCUCCAGGCUGGAGGUGUCGAGGUCUUCAUCUCCAUGGGUGGCUGGAACUACAACUGCUACCCCUACUUCUACGCCAAGUACAGUAUCGCCUUCUACGGAUCUGGCCCCAACUACUGGAAGAUCACCCAGUACGGUGGCGGCAGCGUUGCCGGCUGCAACGAGUCCAACAUGUGGUGCUACGUCUGCGAGCCCCAGUCCCAGGGCACCACCCUUGCCGACUUCACCAUCUUCCCCGAGCCCGCCAACUCGGCCACCUGGAAGUCCGCCCAGGCCUACGUCGCCGCCAACCCCUUCGCGGGCUACACUCCCACCUGGCACCCCCAGCUCGUCGGUGGCGCUCAGUUCACCGAUCCCCGCGAUGGCUCCACCGUCGUCACUGUUCCCGGCAGCAACUACUGGCAGACCCAGAACCGCGAUCCCUACCAGGAUCUCGUCUACCUCGCCAAGGACCUCGGCCUCGACGGUGUCGAUGUUGACUACGAGGAGAUGUGGCACGCCGACACCUUCGAGACCAAGCUCUCCAGCGGCAGCUACGACAACUCCCAGACCGUCUACAAGUACACCGCCAUCCUCAAGGACGUCAUCAUCAACGUCCAGAACAUCUACCCUACCCUCAAGGUCUCCACUGCCGCCGGUGCCGCCGGUGCCUGGUCCGGCAACUGGUGGGGUGGUAACCUCAAGGGUGUCUGGCUCAAGUCGUACCAGCAGUACCCCGAUGCCCUCAAGUUCCUGUUCAGCGGUGCCAACGCCGGUGGCCUCAACGUCAUGACCUACGAUCUCUCCGACAACAACCAGUACUACGAGUGCCCCGACACCACCAGCGACUGUGAUCUCCCCGGCCAGGUUGCCUUCUACAUGGGCACCUUUGACACCGCCGGCAUGGCUGCCUACGUCGGCUACGAGAUCGGCACCCCCGCCUACCCCGAUCCCACCGAGGACCCUACCCACCAGAUCCCCCUGACCCAGACCGCCCUCACCACCAUCCUCCAGAACACCCAGCCCAAGCACCAGGGUGGUUUCUUCUGGGAGCUCUUCAAGCCCCAGGGCAGCUCUGGCAACCUCGAUGCUAGCACCGCUGCCCAGCAGAUCUGCAAGGCUGUUCUCGGUUCCGGCACUGCUCGUUGCUCUGGUGUUAUUCCUCCCGUCGGCUCCAGGUAA